AUGCAUACUCCCGCCAUGAUGACUCUGCUGCUUGUGUCCCUUGGCCUCGUGGAAACACUUCAGGUCCAGAACCACUCCAUCACACGACGAGACCUCUUCUCUCAAGAAGCCCCCCUGGACAUGGCUCUGGCCUCCUUCGAUGACCAGUAUACUGGCUGUGCAGUGGCCAUGGCAGUUGCUCUCCCUGAUCUCAACCGCACAGAAUUCCAGGUCAAUAAGGUGUACGCCGAUGGAUGGGCACUGGCAAGCAGCCAGUGGCAGGAGCGCCAGCUCUCCCGGCCAGAGUGGGGCCUUAGCCCUACCCUCCCUCCCUUGCCGGUGCCGGGCUUCCGCGAUGAGCACGGGGUGGCCCUCCUGGCCUACACAGCCAACAGUCCCCUGCACAAACAGUUCAAUGCAGCUGUGCGGGAGGCGGGCCGCUCCCGGGACCACUAUCUCCGUCACUUCUCCUUCAAAACACUCCAUUUCCUGCUGACUGAAGCCCUGCAGCUGCUGGGCAGGGGCCAGUGCCGCCAAGUGUUUCGAGGGGUAAAUGGGCUGCGCUUCAGGCCAGCAGGACCGGGGGCCACAGUAAGGCUGGGGGGCUUUGCCUCUGCGUCUCUGCAGAAUGCUGCAGCCCAGCAUUUUGGUGAGGACACCUUCUUCGGCAUCUGGACCUGCCUCGGGGCCCCUAUCAAGGGCUAUUCCUUCUUCCCUGGGGAGGAAGAAGUGCUGAUUCCCCCCUUUGAGACCUUCCAGGUUAUUAAUGCCAGCAGACCUGCGCACGGCCCUGCUCGCAUCUACCUACGGGCACUGGGCAAGCGCAGUACAUACAACUGUGAAUACAUCAAAGAUAAGCAGUGUAAAUCUCGGCCCUGUCGUCUGGAUAAUUCAGCCAUGGGUCAGGGUCCCCUCUCCAGAGUUUGGCCUCUCCUGUUGCUGCUUUGGUCCCUUUUGAUGGUGGCAUUUCCAGAGAGUCCAGGCCUCCUCUGA